AUGCCGUCCUCGUCCUCGUCCUCGUCGUUUGUAUCACCACCACCAAGUCCUCCCAAGCCAAUGCAACUCAAGGGCGUCCGCAACCGUGUCGUCUCCAAGCUCAGACAUCCCUUCCGCCGCACUUCCAAAUCGGGUCUCCAUGACAUUCCCGACACAGCCACCCUAGACGCGCGCCUCCGCGACCCUCUCCUCGUCAACGUCGUCCGCGACGUCGAGCCCGUUCCUAUCACCAUCCCCGUCUCCCCAAAGUCUAAAGCGAGCACCGACUCGAUGGCAGCCAGCAUCAAGCGAGGCAGUAGCGACGAUGGCUCGGUCGCAUCUCACCCCCUUUCUGACUCUCGGCACUCGGAAACCACCAGCGCGACGAGCGGCCACCUCGAGGACUCCAUCAACUCUGAAUCACCCCAGGAGGGCCUCACAACGGCUCUGAGCAGUAUUGGUGAGGUCACAUCAUCAUCCUAUGUCUCUGCGCAGGAUGGGUUUGCUACGCCUUCGGCGGAGGUCUACCCAUUCCCCGUUGCUACGCCUUUGGUUGCCGUUGGGAGUCAAUAUGACGAUUUUCUGGACAUUGAGCCUGCCUCUGAGCAUGCGGAGGAACCAGUGGCUACCCUUGACUUUCAGUUUCCACCCACUGCCGCCGCUGCGAUAGGGGAGGGUAUUCUCGAAGUUCCCCCAGCGGCGGCUGAGCUGGAGGUGCCUGCACCCUUCCUCAUCCUGGUUGAUGAACCCGAGCAGCCUCGUCCAGAGCCAGAGGCUGAGGAGGACGUGGAGGAGGAAGUUCAUGGGUUGUCCGUGACGGAGCCUGACGUCGCGGAGGAGGUUACGCUUGCGCCAUUGGGUGCUGUCGAGGAAGGCUCUGCGCAGUCAGCCGCUGACGAUGAACCUGCGCACGCUGAGCCUCCUGAUGAGGCUGGGGUUUCGAUUGCACAACCUCUGGCUGACGAAGAAGUCGCACUUGUCGAGCCUGUUACUGUGGACGAUGAAGUCGCACCCGUCGAGCCUGUUGCUGUGGAUGAAGAGGUCGCACUUGUCGAGCCUAUUGUCGUGGAUGACGAGGCUGCCGUUGUUGAGUCUGUUGCGGUGGGCGAUGGAACUGCACUCGUCGAGCCUGUUGCUGUGAACGAUGAAGCCGCACUCAUCGAGCCUGUCGCAGUGGACGAUGAGGCCGCACUCGUUGAGGCUGUUGCUGCGCACGAUGAAGCUAUCGUUGCGCACAGUCCUGUCGAGGGCGAAGUCGCUCUUGCGAAAUCGUCGUUUGAGGAUGAAGUCGCGCUUGUCGAGCUCAUUUCUGUUGAGGAUGGAGUUACGGUCGCGCACCCUCCUGCUGAGGCUGAAGUCGAGCUGGGACAAUCGUCGUCUGACGAUGAAAUCGCGCUUGCCAAGACCGUUUAUGUUGAGGAUGAGGUCGCGGUCGUGCACCCUCUUGAUGAUGAAAUCGCGCUUGCCCAACUAUCCGCUGAUAAUGAAGCAGUUCUCGCCCACUUAUCCGCUGAUGAAACAAUCCUCGCGCAACCGCCACCCGCUGCCGAAGAGGUCACGGUUGUGUCGUCAGCUGUUGAUGAAGUUGCAUUACCAUCCGUCGAUGAUGAAGAUGUCUUUGCGUCACCCCCUGCUGAAGAUAUUGAAGUUGCGCAGCCCCCCGCUGAGGACGAGGACGAGGUUGCUCAAUCUUCUGCUGAGGACGAAGUUGUUUCUGCCGAGGACGAAGUCGCGACCGUGCAACCGCCAGCUGAUGAUGACAUUGCGCUUACGCAGUCGCCAGCCGAUGACGAGGUUGCCCUGCAACCCCCAGCCGAUGACGAAGUCGCCCUGCAACCCCCAGCUGAUGACGAAGUCGCGCUCGUGCAAAUUCCUGCCGAUGAUAAAAGUGCGCUCGAACAGGACCCUUCAUCUCCUGACUCUGCUACAUCAAUGCCUCUUCCCUCUCCCAACAUGAACAAGGAAGUUCCACCACCACCACCAGCCGAAAGCGACGAAGAGGAUGAAGAGGAGGCUCCUGAAUUAUAUCUGUCCAGCCUCACUAUCCCUACAAUGUUUCUUCCUAUUCCGAAUACGGACCCGUUAACUACGCUUCUCACCAAAUAUAUUUCCCCUGAGAAGCGGCCUGUGCGCGACAUUACCGGCGAGUGGCAACGCAAUGAUUUUAACACGCUGGUUAUGACCAACAGCUGGAGAGCGUUGGCACGGAUGGCACGCGACCGCAUCGUGGAGGCAGAUCCAGAGGAUCUGUCCCUCAUCCUUUCCCUGUGGUCACUGCGACUGUCCUGCCUCGCACGUCUGCGGCUCUUCAACCAGACGUCGGCGGAGUGCACGAACCUCUUCACCGUGCUCAAUGCCGUCGAGCCCGCCGUGUCGCGCGUGUGGCUGUUCGACCGCGUGCUGCCGUUCGAGCUUGAGGUACUCCACGCGAAGAUCAAGUACUGGAUGGGCGACCACAUGGGCUACCUCGACGCGCUUGCCGCCCUCCUCCGGCGUUGCAAGGCCAAGGCGCGCCACGCGAAGGUGGACGACGCGAUGUGGAAGGAACGCGGCGCGCGCGUGUGCCUCAUCAUCGCGUCCCAGCUGAUAGAGAUGAAGGAUUUUUCCGCCGCUGCGAAGCUGCUCGAGCCCCUCUGCAAACAGGGCCCGGACACGUGCUCCCCGCAGCUCGAGUCGGCCGUGGGCAGGAUCUACGUCCAGAGUGGGUACCUCAGCAUGGCGGCGAAGCACUUCACCGCCGUCGCGCGGAACCCCGCUUCCGAACUGUCGCUGAAGGCUACCAACGCGGCCCUGCUUGCAUCGGCCGAGGGUAACUGGACGAAGGCGGCGGAGGAGCUGCGGCUGCUGCUCGCCUCCGAUCCUGAGAAUUACGCGGCCGCCAAUAACCUCUCGGUUGCUCUUCUGUGUCAGGGCAAGAUCCAGGAGGGAAUACGGAUGCUAGAAGAAGUGUUGAGGGCGUCCCCAUCGACGAUUGUCGUGGCGGAACCCUUGAUUUUCAACUUAUCAACUAUGUAUGAGCUGCGCUCCACGGUGGGGGUGGACAAGAAGCGCGACUUACUGGUCGAAGUCGCGAAGUGGGCUGGCGACGGCGUACGCACAGCUUGUCUGAAGAUGCCAUCGACAUAA